GCCCGGGAUGGAUGGGCUUCCCGUGCCGGGGCCGGGGAACUCUAUGGUGCUUGGGAGGACUCGGGCCCUGUGGCGACUGGAGCCGUGUGGAGGGGAGGAGCAGGACCAUGGCAGUUAAGAAUGAGCCGGCCCUGCUGGACUACAUCAAGGUGACGCUGAAGUGUGAGAAGGUGGAAGAAGAGGCGGUGAUGGCCCCUCAUGGCCCCAACCCCGCCGCCCCUGAAUCCUUCUGCUUGGCAUCCAGCAAGGCCAAGAAAGAGCCCGUGAUCCAGGAGCCCCAGGGCAUUGCUGGACACCAGGACGAGACCAGGCGGCCUGGACAUCGCCAGUUGGAAUGGGACACAGGCGGCUAUGGAGAGAAGGAGUUGCUGGGGUCCUGGGAGCAAGAAUACUUGGUUGGGAGCAGCCCCGGGGGGAGCGGGCGGACACUGUGCCUGGUGUGCGGGGAGAAACUCUCCACCCACUCGGUCCAAGCAGCCAAAGAACACAUCCUGGGCCAACACCCACACACGCUGGGCCUCAGCCCCGCGGAGAAGUGCAAUAUCCUCGAGGCCUGGUGUGAUGAGGCAGCCUGGACUUGGGCUGACUCCCCGCCAGCUCCCGGCUCAGACCUUCCCAAGGGGCCAGCCGAGAUCGAAGUCUCCCUCGACCCUGAGGAACAGCCACGUCACCGGAGACGGGCUGCUCGCCCCAUGCAGCUUCCUGCUCCCUCCGCUGUGGAGUUGGAGAGCAGGAAGCCACGGGGCCGGAGGUGGGCAGGGCUCCAGGGGCGGGCGGUGGCCAAAAAGAAGAGAGGGAGACCUUCUUGCAAAGCCAGCGUGACCCCUGAGCCGCCAGACCCCGUUCCAGAGCCAGAUGCAGCCCCGGCGGAGAUCCGGCUCUUCAGCGACGGCAGCUUCCCCACCGGCUUUACCUUCCGACUCUUCUCCAAGUCCCGACUGGAGUCCCCCAAGGUCAGGGCCUCAUUCGAAGCGAAGGGCUGUGCAGAAGAGGGCCCUAGCCAGGCCCAGAGCCCCUUGCCAGCUUCCUCUUCUGGUCUCAGAGGGGCCCUGGGUUUACAGGUGAUCCAUCUUUGCCUGGAUGACUCUUCAACUGGCAGCCUCCUGCAGGGCUGGCCCAAUCACCCCCAAGGACCAAAGGGAGUGGGUACAUGUGAUGCCCUCAGGCUGGCAGGUGGGACUGCCGGCAAAUGCUAGCGUGGCGCCAGGUGGGCGUCCAGAGAGAGCAUGAUGUGUGAGCCCUGCUGAUCCCCCUUCCUCCUGUUGGCCGCCAAUCACUUCCCCCAUCAAGUUGGGCAUCGGUGAUUGGGUAGGGGCCGAGGGUACCCAUUGGGCCCCAGGCAACAUCUGCCAGGUGGAGGAGAUCAGUGCCCGGGUAUAACCCAAGUUGGAAAAGCUAAAGUUGUACAUGGAGAGUUGUUGAUGUCCAAGAAAUUGCGUAGCUUCAGCUGGUUCAGCUUCUCUCCUUUCUGCCCACUUCCUUCCCUUGGCAGAGUGCCUUAUCCAGCAGGUGGCCAUGGGGCGGAGGGGCAGACCCUAGGUCCCCCACUACCUCAGGGGAAUCUCCUUUCACCACAUCCCUUUUGCACUCUCCAAGUCGAAGAGGUCUUUAUUACCUCCUUCCCCCUCCUCCCCCAGCAGGGAGGGAGAUCUCAGGAGCCAUGGUGUGGAGAAGAGGAGCCAUCAUGGGGGUUGUUUGUUGUCCCCCUCCCCGUUUAUUCCUCCAGUUCUUGUGUAAAUACCUCUUUUGUUGGUAAUAAAUUA